GCUUCCGUCUGACGUAGGCAUUUGUCUGCUGUCCAAAAGGGCAUGAAAUCGUGGAUAGUCUGUUGGGGAGAGGGAUGGCUUCACAAUAAGAAGAUAACAAGCCACUUGCCACCCCUGCUGCGGGCCCUCCUCCUGCUGCUGGCCCUGGCCUGCCUGGGGACACGUCCUGCUCCCGUGGACGCAAUUCGGGGCGGGGCACCUGUUGUGGUAGCCGACGACGAUGAUGAAACCAUGGAGUAUGCCCCGCAAUAUGAACAUCCGGGGUAUGCGUUCAGCUAUGGGGUCAAGGAUUUGCACACGGGCGAUGUAAAGUCGCAGUGGGAGUCCCGGGAUCGUGACGGUGUGAAGGGACACUACAGCAUCCUCGAACCAGAUGGCUCCAUACGCACCGUUCACUACACGGCCGAUGCCAAAAAGGGCUUCAAUGCAAUUGUCAAGACGGUGGGUGCCAAUUCACAUCCCAUUACCGAGGAGACGCCGGAGGGCAGCAACCAGGUGAACGAUGACACCAGCCAGUCGAAGAUCAAUCACUACAGCAAGGACCAGGAGCACAUCGUUCUUAGCUCGGACAUCAAGCAACAGAAGCGGCCCAUUGAAGAUCUCACCCACUCUCACCCGAAGAUCCCUAGCCUUGUGGAGAUCAAGCCCCAUGCCCGCAUCAAGCAGGUGCCCAUGGAGCUGGAGCCAGGCAUCCGGGAUAGAUUGCAGCAGGCCCGCGACAACUACUAUAAGGAAAUCGCCGCUGCCCACAAGCUGGAGCAUGAUUACGCCCACAAGCUAGAGCAUGAUUACGCCCAAAAGCUAGAGAGUGACUACGCGAAGAAGUUGCAGCAGCCCAGCUAUGCGGUACAGGAGGGCGACUGGAAGGCGGUGAUAGUCAAUGAGCCUAAGGAGUACCGUCCACACUACACCACCAGUCCUCCCCAGUCACAGGCCCAGCCCCAGCCCCAUCACCAGCACCAGCACCCGUACUACGAUUACUACAAGCCCAAGGAGGUUCCCCACAACUAUAUUCACAAGGCAUCGGUGGCCCAGCAGUCACUGCACACUAGCUUCUCACCCUCGAAGCCGCGCCCGAGCAUCCCGGAGCCCAUCUCCAACCACAUCCACCAGAAGAAGGUGGUGCACACCACGCCCGGCCUGAAGCACUACAAGUACAAGGGCGUGUCCAAGACGUACGUGCGGCCCGAAUACUCCAGCUACUUCCAGCGUAAGCCAAAGAAGCUGAGGCCAUUCCAUCCACAAGCAGGUCUAAGUCCCACGCACCGUCCCCAGCGGCCGGAGAAGGCGGGUCCCGUGAUCUUUCCCGAAUUGCUAGAAGAUGAGUUCGAGGAGUUCGUGGAGGAGGACGACGAUGAGCAGGGAGUCGCAUCGGCCAGCCUGGUUCAGAGCAUGGUGCGGAAGGACAAGAAGCAUAUGGUGCCCAUGUACGCGGGCGGCCACAGCUUCAAGACGGCCAGCAGCAGCAGCCACCGAGAUCUGCGUGGGGUGUAGGUCGGGAUAUCUCAGCGAUCUGUAGUAGUGUUUCCUUCUCUAUUUAUUUUUUUUAUUCGACCUAAUUUAUUUUAACGUUUAGUUUUUGUGUUUUAAAUAAAUGAAGUUGUCUUUAACGAA